UCAGCCAAAAAAUAAUCACAGUAUAAAUUGCUCGCAACUAGGGUUUUAGCUGACCUCUCACUUAUUUUGGUUUAUCGCAGUCGCUGGGACUCAGGUAAGAAAAAAGUAAGAUGUCUCACAGGAAGUUUGAGCACCCAAGACAUGGUUCCCUUGGGUUUCUUCCCAGGAAGAGGGCAGCUCGCCACAGAGGAAAGGUGAAGGCUUUCCCCAAGGAUGAUCCCAGUAAGCAACCACACCUAACUGCCUUCCUUGGCAACAAGGCUGGUAUGACCCACAUCGUAAGGGAGGUUGAGAAGCCAGGGUCAAAGCUUCACAAGAAGGAGACCUGUGAGGCUGUAACAAUUAUUGAAACCCCUCCUUUGGUGGUCGUCGGUGUUGUGGGUUACGUCAAGACUCCUCGUGGUCUUCGUACAUUGAACACUGUAUGGGCCCAGCACUUGAGUGAGGAGCUCAGGAGAAGGUUCUACAAGAACUGGUCUAAGUCCAAGAAGAAGGCUUUUACCAAGUACUCUAGGAAAUACGAGAGUGAUGAGGGCAAGAAAGACAUUCAAUCCCAGCUUGAGAAAUUGAAGAAGUAUGCUAGUGUUAUCAGAGUUUUGGCUCACAAUCAGGUUAGGAAGAUGAAGGGUUUGAAACAGAAGAAAGCCCAUCUGAUGGAAAUUCAGGUUAAUGGUGGUACCAUUGCCCAAAAGGUUGACUAUGCCUAUGGCUUCUUUGAGAAGCAGAUUCCAAUUGAUGCUGUGUUCCAAAAGGAUGAGAUGAUUGACAUCAUUGGUGUCACCAAGGGUAAGGGUUAUGAAGGUGUCGUCACUCGUUGGGGUGUUACUCGUCUUCCCCGUAAAACUCACAGGGGUCUGCGUAAGGUUGCUUGUAUUGGUGCAUGGCAUCCUGCUAGGGUCUCAUACACUGUCGCCAGGGCUGGUCAGAACGGUUACCAUCACCGUACUGAAAUGAACAAGAAAAUCUACAAGCUCGGUAAGAGUGGUCAGGAGACUCACAAUGCAAUGACUGAGUAUGACAGGACCGAGAAGGAUAUCACUCCAAUGGGUGGUUUCCCUCAUUACGGUAUUGUGAAGGAUGAUUAUAUUUUGAUUAAGGGCUGCUGUGUUGGUCCUAAGAAGAGAGUGGUGACCUUGAGGCAAUCUCUCCAAAAGCAGACAUCUCGUGUUGCCCUUGAGGAGGUCAAGCUCAAAUUUAUUGAUACAUCCUCCAAGUUUGGCCAUGGUCGUUUCCAGACCACCAGUGAGAAGCAAAAGUUUUAUGGUCGUCUUAAGGCUUAAGAAGUAUUACAGUCAGUUGUUGCGGGCUUGUAGUUCUCCUUGUUAAGACUUCUCUUCACCCCCCUCCCUAAGUUAGUAUUUUUGCAGAAAAUUGAUGAGUGAACUGUUGUCAGCUACAUAUUUCAUUUUAAGGUUUUUUUCCUUGCUGUGGACAUCUGAAAUUUUGCUGUUAAUUAAUGGUUACUUUAUAGUUGGUUUACUCUA